GUGUGCGCAGGCCUGCGGCGCUGGGCGGGCUCAGGCCCUCCACCGCUGGCCCCCCCGCGCUCCCCACCCACGCCCUCACAUAUUCGCCCUCGCCGCCGUUCCCAGGGCGGAGACACAAGCUUUUAGUCGUUCGGCGGCUUCGGUUGGUGCGGUGGCGUGAGGGGCUCACUGCGGCGUGUGGUCGGCGCCGGCUGGGCCGUUGCGCGCCUACCCUCCCGGCCGGCCGUGGGGGGAUUCGGGCAUCAGCCGAGCUCCUGCCGGUGUUCCCUGGCCGGUCCCGGGUAUCCCGGCAGCGCUUCGACGGCGGCUUCGCGGGACCCGCGGACCGGGUCGCAGCCCGAGCCCCGAGCGGACGGCGUCAUGAGGCACCUGCCGUACUUCUGCCGCGGCCAGGUGGUGCGGGGCUUCGGCCGUGGCUCCAAGCAGCUGGGCAUCCCCACAGCUAACUUUCCGGAACAAGUAGUUGAUAAUCUUCCAGCUGAUGUAUCGACUGGCAUUUAUUAUGGCUGGGCCAGUGUUGGAAAUGGAGAUGUUCAUAAGAUGGUGGUGAGCAUAGGAUGGAACCCAUACUACAAGAAUACAAAAAAGUCUAUGGAAACUCAUAUCAUGCAUACCUUCAAAGAGGACUUCUAUGGGGAGAUCCUCAAUGUGGCCAUUGUUGGCUACCUCAGACCAGAAAAGAACUUUGAUUCUUUAGAGUCCCUUAUUUCAGCAAUUCAAGCUGAUAUUGAGGAAGCUAAGAGACGACUAGAUUUACCAGAACAUUUGAAAUUCAAAGAAGACAAUUUCUUCCAGGUUCCUAAAAACAAAAUAAUGAAUGGCCACUGAUAAAAAAAAUCAUCUUACUCUUAUUAAUUCAUUCACUGUUUUCUAAUAUUUUACUGCUUAUAACUCCUCAGUCGUUACAUUUUGAAAAUCAAACAUUUUCCUACAGCUGUGAAUUAGUUUAAACAGUACAGUGUCUUUACCACAUUAUGUUUCAACCAUUCAAAUUAAACCCAUCAUGCUAUAGUCCUAAAGUGAUUCAUUUGGAAAAUCAAGAUUCUUUUUUAUGUAAUAUGUUGAUUAAAAUUUACCACUAGAAAGGUCUUAAGUGUCUUGUAAUGGAAAUGAGAAUGUAUAUAAGUGUGGGUAAAAAGGCAAGUCGCUAGAUUUGAGAUAAGAACUAAUAAUUCUCAUGGUACAUACUAGUACGUAUGUACUUAUGUAGUACGUGCUGCUAAACAGAGGAGGCUUAUGAAAGUAAAUGUAUUCAACAGAGGUUUGAGAGUUGAUUAUAAACCUAAGGGGAAAAAUCCAGACUUUAUAUUUUUGAUAAUUUGUCUGUUAAUAUAUUAUUGCAAACAUGUA